GAAACUGACACCAACCCCAACAUCAGCCCUACCACCUCUGCAUCACCUGGAAACGUUCCCAUCCCGCACACCGCCCCCACUGACCCUACCAACAUGGCCGACCUCCCUGCCGAUGACAGCAAGUACCUCUUCCUGGAAAACGACUUCCGUAACAGUGGGGUGGCCCAGGCUGACUGGGCGGCCAAGAAGAUGGUGUGGGUCCCAUCAGAGAGGCAGGGAUUCGAACCCGCUAGCAUCAAGGAGGAGCAGGGAGAACAGGUUCUGGUGGAGCUCUCCAAUGGGCAGAAGGCGACAGUGAACAAAGAUGAUAUCCAGAAGAUGAACCCACCCAAGUUCAGCAAGGUGGAGGAUAUGGCUGCUCUCACGUUCCUCAACGAAGCGUCUGUCCUGCAUAAUCUGCAAGAGAGAUACUUCUCCAGCCUGAUCUAUACAUACUCGGGUUUGUUCUGCGUGGUGGUGAAUCCCUACAAGAUGCUGCCAAUAUACUCGGAAAAGAUCAUCGAGAUGUACAAGGGCAAGAAACGCCACGAGGUGCCACCACACAUCUACUCCAUCACGGACAACGCCUACAGGAACAUGCUGCAGGAUCGUGAGGAUCAGUCAAUUCUCUGCACUGGUGAGUCUGGAGCCGGGAAGACGGAGAACACCAAGAAGGUGAUCCAGUACCUGGCUGUCGUUGCUUCCUCACAUAAAGGCAAGAAAGACGUCAACCCUCAGCAACAGGCAGGAUCUCUGGCCUAUGGGGAGCUGGAAAAGCAGCUGCUGCAGGCUAAUCCCAUCCUGGAGGCUUUCGGCAACGCCAAGACCAUCAAGAACGACAACUCCUCCAGAUUUGGAAAAUUCAUCAAACUAAACUUUGACGUGACGGGUUUCCUUGUUGGGGCAAACAUUGACACCUAUCUGCUGGAGAAGUCGCGCUGCAUCCGUCAGGGGAACACAGAGAGAGCCUUUCACAUCUUCUACUACAUGGUGGCCGGAGCCAAAGACAAGAUGAGAGAGGAGCUGCUGUUGGAGGACUUCAACAGCUACCGUUUCCUGGUGGCGGGUCACGUGGAGAUUCCCGGUCAGCAGGAUGACGAGCUUUUUGAAGAGACUCUGGAAGCGAUGGAGAUCAUGGGCUUCACUGAGGAGGAGAGAUUAGGGAUGCUGAAGGUGGUGUCCACCGUUCUCCAGCUGGGGAACAUCAAGUUUGAGAAGGAGAGGAACAGCGAGCAGGCCUCCAUGCCGGACAACACCGCGGCUCAGAAGGUGUGCCACCUGCAGGGCAUCAACGUGACCGACUUCACCCGCGCCAUCCUCACGCCCAGAAUCAAGGUGGGGAGGGAGGUGGUGCAGAAGGCCCAGACCAAGCAGCAGGCCGAUUUUGCCAUCGAAGCUCUGGCUAAGGCCAUGUACGAGCGCCUGUUCCGCUGGAUCCUCGCCAGAGUCAACAAGACGCUGGACAAGAGCAAGAGACAGUCCUCGUCCUUCCUGGGAAUCCUGGACAUUGCUGGCUUUGAGAUUUUCGAGGACAACUCGUUCGAGCAGCUCUGCAUCAACUACACCAACGAGCGGCUGCAGCAGCUCUUCAACCACACCAUGUUCAUCCUGGAGCAGGAGGAGUACAAGAGAGAGGGCAUAGAGUGGAGCUUCAUCGACUUCGGCCUGGACCUGCAGCCCUGCAUCGAGCUCAUUGAGAGGCCGAACAACCCCCCCGGCAUCCUGGCGCUGCUCGAUGAGGAGUGCUGGUUCCCCAAAGCCACUGACCAGUCGUUCGUGGACAAGCUGCUGAACACCCACACGGGUCACGUGAAGUUCUCCAAACCCAAGCAGCACAAGGACAAACUGAUGUUCGCCGUGCUGCACUACGCAGGAAAGGUCGAUUACAACGCAGACAACUGGCUGACUAAGAACAUGGAUCCCCUGAAUGACAACGUGACGGCUCUGCUCAACAACUCCUCCAGCAACUUCAUCCAGGACCUGUGGAAAGACGGUCGGUCCCUCUGUGAGACACAUUCAAACCCCCUUUUAAAUGCGCUCUGUUGUAACGCCGCGCCACAUCUUCCCCCUCCAGUGGACCGAGUGGUGGGCCUGGAUACGAUGACCAAAAUGUCGCAGAGCUCUGUGCCCAGCUCCACCAAAUCCAAGAAGGGGAUGUUCCGCACCGUGGGUCAGCUCUACAAGGAGUCUUUGGGCAAGCUGAUGACCACGCUGCACAACACGCAGCCCAACUUCGUCCGCUGCAUCAUCCCCAACCACGAGAAGAGGGCCGGCAAGAUGGACGCCAACCUGGUGCUGGAGCAGCUCAGGUGCAACGGAGUGCUGGAGGGCAUUCGGAUCUGCAGGCAGGGAUUUCCAAACCGCAUCGUUUUCCAGGAGUUCAGACAGAGGUAUGAGAUCCUGGCGGCCAACGCCAUCCCUAAAGGCUUCAUGGAUGGAAAGCAGGCGUGCUGUCUGAUGGUGAAGCACCUGGAUCUGGACCCAAACCUGUAUCGCAUUGGGCAGAGUAAGAUGUUCUUCAGGACCGGAGUUCUGGCCCAGCUGGAGGAGGAGCGAGACCUCAAGCUGACCGUCGUCAUCAUCGCCUUCCAGGCUCAAGCACGAGGCUUUUUGGGACGCAAAGCGUUUAGUAAACGGCAGCAGCAGCUGACCGCCAUGAAGGUCAUCCAGAGGAACUGCGCUUGUUACCUCAAACUGAAGAACUGGCAGUGGUGGAGGCUGUUCACAAAGGUGAAGCCGCUGCUGCAGGUGACCAGGCAGGAGGAGGAAAUGGGCCAAAAGGAGGAGGAGCUAAAGGCGGUGAAAGAGGUGGCGGCUAAGACCGAGGCUGAGCUGAAAGAAAUCAGCCAGAGGCACACGCAGCUGGCUGAGGAGCGAACGCAGCUGGAGAUGAAGCUGCAGGCUGAGACCGAGCUGUACGCGGAGGCCGAGGAGAUGAGGGUGCGCCUGGAGGCCAAGAAGCAGGAGCUGGAGGAGGUCCUGCACGAGAUGGAGGCGCGACUGGAGGAGGAGGAGGAGCGCAGCAUCUCCCUGCAACAGGAGAGGAAGGACAUGGAGCAGCAGCUACAGCUGAUGGAGGCCCACAUCGCAGAGCAGGAGGACGCUCAGCAGAAGCUCCAGCUGGAGAAAGCGGCUGUGGAGGGGAAGGUAAAGAAAAUGGAGGAGGACAUCAUGCUCAUGGAGGAUCAGAACAACAAGCUGCAGAAGGAGCGAAAGCUCCUGGAGGAGCGUCUGGCUGACAUGAGCUCCAACCUGGCGGAAGAGGAGGAGAAGUCAAAGAAUCUGUCCAAACUUAAGACCAAACAUGAGUCCAUGAUCUCCGAGCUGGAAGUUCGCAUGAAAAAGGAGGAGAAGGCUCGUCAGGACGUGGAGAAGGCGAAGAAGAAGGUGGAUGCUGAGCUGGCAGACCUGCAGGAGCAACACGCCGACCUGCAGGCCCAGCUGGCUGAGCUGCGAGCCCAGUUAGCGGCCAAAGAAGAGGAGCUCCAGGCUACACAGGCCCGUUUGGAGGAGGAGAGCACUCAGCGUGCGACGGCUGUCAAGAAAAUCCGCGAGUUGGAGUCGCUGCUCUCUGAAGUGCAAGAGGACCUGGAGGCAGAGAGGGUGGCGAGGGGAAAGGCGGAGGCUGCCCGACGAGACCUGGGAGAGGAGCUGAACGCCCUGCGCUCCGAGCUGGAGGACAGCUUAGACACCACCGCUGCUCAGCAGGAGCUACGAGCAAAACGGGAGCAGGAGGUAGCGAUGCUGAAGAAAGCUAUGGAGGACGAGGGACGGAGCCACGAGGCCCUGAUCCAGGACCUUCGUCAGAAACAUAGCCAGGCAGUGGAGGAGCUGAACGAGCAGCUGGAGCAAGCCAAACGGGUGAGGGCCGGUCUGGAGAAAGCCAAACAAACCCUGGAGAAGGAGACGGCGGAUCUAGGUGCUGAGCUCAGGUCCCUCGCCAGCUCAAAACAAGACGUGGAGCACAAGAAGAAGAAGCUGGAGGCUCAGCUAAACGAUUUGAACUCCAGAUUCACCGAAAGCGAACGGCAGAGGAAUGAGCUCGGGGAGCGAGUAACAAAGUUGAAUAUGGAGCUGGAUGGCGCGACGGGUCUGCUGAACGAAGCCGAGGGGAAGAACAUCAAGCUGAGCAAAGACGUCUCCAGUCUGUCCUCUCAGCUCCACGACGCUCAGGAGCUGCUGUCCGAGGAGACUCGUCAGAAGCUGAAUGUGUCCGGACGCCUGCGUCAGAUGGAGGAGGACAGGAACAGCCUGAUGGAGCAGCUGGAGGAGGAGACGGAGGCCAAACGGGCCGUAGAAAGACAAGUCUCCAGCCUCAACAUGCAGCUGUCCGACUACAAGAAGAAGCUGGACGAGAUGUCGGCGACGGUGGAGCAGCUCGAGGAGGGCAAGAAGCGUCUGCAGCGCGACCUGGAGGCCGCCAACGGCGAUUACGAGGAGAAGGCGUCGGCCUACGACAAGCUGGAGAAGAGCCGCAGUCGGCUGCAGCAGGAGCUUGAGGACGUCCUCAUGGACCUGGACAGCCAGCGGCAGCUCGUCUCCAACCUGGAGAAGAAGCAGAAGAAGUUUGAUCAGAUGCUGGCGGAGGAGCGAGCGGUCUCGGCCAAGUUCGCAGAGGAGCGGGACCGAGCCGAGGCGGACGUGCGGGAGAAGGAGACCAGGGUGUUGGCUCUGACCCGCGCGCUGGACGAGAAGCAGGCGGUCCUGGAGGAGGCCGAGAAGGCCAUGAAGGGACUCCGAGCCGAGAUGGAGGAUCUCAUCAGCUCCAAAGACGACGUGGGGAAGAACGUCCACGACCUGGAGAAGGCGAAGCGCGGGCUGGAGAGCUUCCUGGAGGAGAUGAGGACGCAGAUGGAGGAGCUGGAGGACGAGCUGCAGGUGGCUGAGGACGCCAAGCUGCGUCUGGAGGUCAACAGCCAGGCCCUGAAGGCUCAACACGAGCGGGAGCUGCAGACCCGCGAGGAGCAGGGCGAGGAGAAGAGGAGGCAGCUCCUCAGACAGGUGCGAGAGCUGGAGGAGGAGCUGGAGGAGGAGAGGAAGCAGCGAAAUCAGGCGUCUGGCGCCAAGAAGAAGCUGGAGGGCGAGCUGAGAGACAUGGAGGACCAGCUGGAAGCCAGCAGCAGGGGGCGUGAAGAGGCGCAGAAGCAGCUCCGCAAAGUCCAGGGCCAGAUGAAGGACCUCCAGAGGGAGCUGGAGGACUCUCGUGCAGCUCAGAAGGAGGUCCUCUCCUCGGCCAGGGAGUCGGAGCGCAGAUCCAAGACGAUGGAGGCAGAACUCCUCCAGCUGCAUGAGCUGUUGGCAGCUGCUGAGAGAGCUCGGAAGCAGGCGGAGACGGAGAGAGACGAGCUGUCCGAGGAGCUGGCCAGCAACUCCUCUGGAAGGUCGAUGCAGUCCGACGAAAAGCGCCGCCUGGAGACAAAGAUCAGUCAGCUGGAGGAGGAGCUGGAGGAGGAGCAGGCCAACGAGGAGAACCUCAACGAGCGGCUGAGGAAGAGCCAGCAGCUCGUGGACCAGCUGGGAGCGGAGCUGGCGGCCGAGAGGGCCUCCUCCCAGACCAAGGAGGGAUCCAGGCAGCAGCUGGAGAGGCAGAACCGGGAGCUGAAGGCCAAGCUGCAGGAGCUAGAGAGCCAGAGCCGCUCCAAGCUCAAGUCCUCCGUCGCUGCUUUGGAGGCCAAGCUGAGGGAGGCUGAGGAGCAGCUGGAGCUGGAGAGCAGAGAGCGGCAGGCCAACGGCAAGAAUCUGCGUCAGAAAGAGAAGAAGCUGAAGGAUCUGAGCAUCCAGAUGGAGGACGAGAGGAAGCAGGCGCAGCAGUUCAAGGACCAGAUGGAGAAGAGCAACGUCCGCGUGAAGCAGCUGAAGCAUCAGCUGGAGGAGGCGGAGGAGGAGGCGCAGCGCGUGGCGGCCGCCCGCAGGAGGCUGCAGAGGGAGCUGGACGAGGCCACGGAGGCCAACGAUGCCCUGAGCAGGGAGGUGUCGACCCUGAGGAGCAAAAUGAGGCGUGGCGGUGGGGAGCCGGUGUUCAGCGCUCCUCGGAGCAGCAGCGGUGGCAUCAGGAGCUCGGCUCUGGGACCCGGGGCCAGCCGGCGGGUCAGAGACAACUCCCUGGAGCUGCAGGAAGAGGAACCUCCCUCCCCGUCUCCUCCCACCUCCUCCCCUCAGCUGGAUCAGCACGGCGAAGGCUACGCCUGCUCACCUGACGAGUGAACCGACGCCACCCUUAAUGUUUAUGUGGGAUUAAAAAAAAUAUAUAUUUAUGCACUUUUAAUUUGAAGAUAUUCUGGAUUCAUGUCAGCGUUGGAUUUUAGGAAUUAGAAAUGAGUUUAACCUGAAAGUAAAAUAGAUCACAGCAUUAAAAUCUCUUAAGAUUGAUCAUUUGUGAUGCUUAAAGUUUAUUCCUGUUCAGAAAAAAACUAUUGAUGAGCAUUAAAGUUAUUUUAAUAAGAAGCUGUAGAUCAUUUGGAAUAAUAGCACUUAUUGGUUGACAAAGAAAGCAAACAACGGUACUUCCUGAUUAUUUAUGAAUAAAAGAUGUAAAAUCUGUUUAUGUCCAAUAAAUUUAAAGAGUUA